AUGGUGCAGUCCCGAGUGUUUACGGCAGCAGCGCACGACGUCGUCGUGACCGUGCGCGACAAGACGGUAUUCGCACUGCCAGUCAGCACUGCAACUGCUUCGGGAAGAGCGCUGCAGUUUACGGUACUGCAGAGCGAAAGUGGUGCCGACGAAGCGUCAGAGGCCGCUCGGACCAAUGAACACGACAAUGACGAAAACAAGGACAAGAAGACGGCGCCGUCGCUAAACAUACGAAGUGAGGGUCGGAUUACGGCCAUGGAGCUCUUCCGACCGCUAGGAUCGGAUCGAUUUGCUCUGCUACUGCUAGUGAAUGAACGGCGGCUGCUGCAUUACGAGCUAAACUUGCCAAGCGAGACGCUUGUGCUCAAGGCGUCACGCUUGGUGCCUCGCAGCGCUACGUGCAUGACUGUCGGCCAUCUAAAGCUGGACAAUCAAGAGACCAAGUACAUUGUGGUUUUGGGCCAAAAGACGGGUGAGGCUGUGGGUGUGCCUUUCCCGGACUUGGACCGAGACCUCCGGACGCUGUUGGGCCACACAACGUCGAUGAUCACCGACGUGGCGACGAAUCACGACUCGUCACUGCUACUGACGGCCGAUCGGGAUGAAAAGAUGCGCGUGUCGAGGUUUCCCAAUGCUGCUAUUAUUGAGAGCUACUGCUUGGGCCACAAGGCUAGUCUCACCAAGGUGGCGUGUAGUAUCGUCACGCCAGAGCUCGUCGUGUCGGCGUCAAUGGACAAUACGCUGAAGCUCUGGAACAUGAAGACGGGCACACUGUUAGCAUCGGAGACGCUGCUAUUAGGUGUGGAAGUGUCCCAUGAACCGCUCGAUGAGGGUGCCGACGCGGAUGACGAUGGUCGCAAGGCAGCCAAUAGUCUGCUGAAAGUGUCGCUGGCAAUCAGCCCCAAGACGAACAUUGUGGCGGUUCUCGUGAAUUGUCAGCACGCGCGAUUCUUCGAGAUUGUGUCGCAGACUCUCCAAGAGGUGGUGAUACCUAUCGAGGACCUACAGCUGCUGCUGAUGAACGAACCUUGUGAGCUGUUGUAUCUUGAGAACGAUAUGCUUGUAGUGUCGUACAAGAAAGACCCGUUUGUGCAGCUGUUCUCCAUUUCAUUACAGGAGAAGAAACUUGAGCCUGUUGAGCCUGCAACUGAUGUGUUCAAGGACUUGCGAAACGCCGCUGCUGCCAUUAACCUAAACGAUGACGAUGAGGAAAACACUUUCGACGUGCUUGAAAAUGGAAUGAUCAAGAAGAAAGCGCGGACAAGCGAGUGGAACACGAGGGCAUCUGCGCAGAAGUAA